AUGGAACUUAUCGAUUCUGUCCAGGCCAUUUUCCAAGUCAUGACCAUCGUUCUCCUUGGUUACCUUUUAACAAGAAAAGGUUACUUUACCAUGGAUAAGCAAAAGUGGCUUUCCAAACUAAACAUGGUGUUUUUUACACCCUGCUUGUUGUUUUCCAACAUCGCUUCCAUUAUCUCUCUGGAAAAACUAUUGGCAUUUUGGCCCAUUCCUGCCUUUUAUCUUGUGUUUGCCAUAAUCAGCUUCUCAGCCAGCCAAAUUACAUCUCGAUUGGUCGGUCUCAAUGCGCCUUAUCGUCGUUUUGUCUUGGCAUGUGUCAUGUUUUCCAAUACCAAUUCCCUGCCGAUCGCUAUUAUCUCUAGCUUGGCGGUCUCCGAAGCCGGAAAUAUUCUGUUUUGGGAUACCGAUGAUACAGAAGUUUCCGUAGCAGCAAGAGGCAUCUCGUACACUUUGUUUUUUGCCAUUUUUGGCAAUCUGAUCCGAUGGUCAUACGGCUACAGCCUUUUGCAGAAACACGAGCCCAAAGCCAAAGCCUCCAGUCUCUCUGAAACGAGUCCUUUGCUCGCCACGUUUCCGUUCCCGUCCAUAGCCCAAUCCCGCGCCCAGUCAUUGACACGAUCCUUGAAAACAAAUGCGUAUCUCUUUGCGCGAAAGGUCGAUAAUUUUAUGUCGCCUCCUUUGUACGCCGCUGUGCUUGCAUUGAUCGUGGGUUUAUCUCCGCUGAAAGGAUUCUUGUACGACAAAGAUUCCUUCAUGUAUCCUUCCUUUACCAAGGCCAUCGAAACGUGCGGUCGCGCUUCCGUGCCCAUCAUUCUCACCUGUCUCGGCUCUCAAUUAGCCUGUAUUUCCGAAUCCCAGCAUCACUCGCAUGCUGUUCGAAAACCUGUCUUCACAGCCAUCAGCGUACGUCUCCUUUUGAUGCCUCUCUUUGUGAUUCCUAUCGUGAUUGCCUUUGUGUUGUAUGGAUCUCGUUGGUCCACUUUGGCAAGUGAUCCGGUUUUCAUUGUCAUGAUGAUCGUCCUUGGAUGCACACCGACAGCUAUCAAUCUCGUUCAAAUCACUCAAGUCAACGAUUUUUGCGAGGAAGAAAUGCUUCGUAUGCUGUUCUGGAGUUAUGGAGUGAUCUGUAUUCCCGUCUGUACCUUUACUGUCUUUACAGCCUUGAGCGUGGUCGACAAACUGCUUUGA